CUUCCAUCGCGAUAUACACGUAGCACGCAUAACGACAGUAGCGUAUCAAGUUUGGAGCAACCGUUGGACCGGUCCGAUUAUAGGGGCAAAGGGAGAGUUUUGGGGCUCGAUCGAUCUACCUACGUCUGAAAAUACAAUUGUCUCGUACGUACGCGUAACGCAACGCUGUUUCAAGCGUUCCUCUUUCGUUUACGUUUCUGAUACGCGGGCACACGUGUUCCAAUUGGGACUUUCGAAACGCGAUUCAACAUUAAGACCGCUUGUUUGUUUAUGAUUUACAAAGAUCGUAAGAGAAACUCGAUUGUACGGAAGAUCAUGUCUUGUUACAAAUUGACUCGAGGCCAGGAGUUAAUGACCCAGUGGUCAUGACUAUGAUAAUGUCCACUACGACACCGCGUACUUGAACGACACGGUAAUAGUUACGAUUUAAAGUGAACUAGUCUCUUUGUUGAAUAUAAUUGUCUAUGUUUAAAAAUGCAACGAUUUAUGGGAGAUUUCUAUAUACUUUGAACGAUCAUAUUCAUUCAUUUCCUUAAGGUAUCGAUAUAGCGUACUUUUGAAACGUAAACGAUAGAACAGGAUCACUAAUAUCGAGUCGAAUUUCGGGAGUGGUAACAUUUGAAAAUUUUACGUGGGAACGAAGAAACGCGUUGAAAAUUUUCUAAUUGUUUGUAACUUUUUCGAAGUGCGAUGACUUGGAGAGUUCAUAUUAUAAGUGAGUGAUUUUUGAAAGUGGAGUGAAAAGUCAGAAAAGUUUGGUAACUCUCGCUUUAAAUUUUAAAGGUUAUUCAAUAAUUACAAAGUGGAACGAUUCUUUUCUUUUCUAAAAAUCAAUUUCUGUAAAGUUAAAGCCUAACUUUUAGCUUGGUCAUAAUUUGGCCACGAAAUAAACGUAGAUAAGGUGUGCAAUUAAGCGUAAGAAAUGUGUUUGGUGGAUUCGUGGCGACCGGUGUUAGGAUCGGCUGGCUCCGUGUAUUACUGUACCCUGUAUAUUGCUGUCAGUCGCGUACGGCUCGUCGCGUCGUCAACGUCGUGGAAGGGGGUGGUGCGUUCGUGUAUGCGCGUGUCUUAACCACGAAUAUACAUGAGUGACCGGAUCUUCGGCUCGGUGUUCAUUUUCCCUUUCUCGCUGCGGAAAAGCGUGAGAAAUAUAAACACGGUGUUUGCGUGCCAUUGAAAAGAAAGCAAUUGACAGUCAUGGAGGCCUGGAUGUACGACGUGGUGUGUAUGAUGUCCGGCGCCGGCAUAGAAAAUAUGAUUGGAAAUAAUAGAACUAUGGCAAAUAUCAAGCAAGAAGUCGAGAAUCCUACGACGCCUACGCAAAACUAUCAAGUCUGUUCACCGACCACCACCCUUCAACAUCAAGAGGUGAUUUGCGGUAAAAUGGAGGUUCCAGCCGAUUAUGGCGGAGGUGGAGGUAGCCCUGGUAGUCCCGAAAUGCAUCACUGUUCGUCCACCACGCAACCCUUAGGGACACCGGAGGAAGGUGUCAAAGAAGAAGACAUGAUACCGAGAAGGUUGUGCCUUGUUUGCGGAGACGUCGCGAGUGGAUUUCAUUAUGGGGUCGCGUCUUGCGAAGCGUGCAAGGCUUUUUUCAAAAGAACCAUACAAGCGAGUAAUUUCACAGGUAACAUCGAGUAUACGUGUCCAGCGAAUGGCGAGUGCGAGAUAAACAAACGGAGAAGGAAAGCGUGUCAGGCGUGUAGAUUUCAAAAGUGCCUUCGACAAGGCAUGUUGAAAGAAGGAGUUCGAUUGGAUCGUGUCCGAGGAGGUAGACAAAAAUAUAGAAGGUCCACCGAUCCUUAUACGCCGGUGAAGACAGCUCCGUUGGAAGCAAACGUAGGGACAGGAGCUUCUAACGAAAUAAUAAAUAACAAAAUGCUGGAAGCACUGGCUGCCUGUGAGCCUGAUAUGUUGCAAGUGUCCAAUCUCUCUCAUACUCUCGAUACGGAUCAGAGAGUACUCGGUCAAUUAUCCGACUUGUACGAUCGAGAAUUGGUUGGAAUAAUCGGUUGGGCAAAACAAAUCCCUGGAUUCAGCGGUUUAGCGUUGAACGACCAGAUGCGACUGUUGCAAAGUACGUGGGCUGAAAUCUUGACGUUCAGUCUAGCGUGGAGAAGUAUGCCCAAUAAUGGUAGAUUAAGAUUUGCCCAAGAUUUUACCCUCGACGAGAGACUCGCGCGCGAAUGCCAUUGUACGGAGCUGUACACGCAUUGUAUUCAAAUCGUUGAAAGGCUUCAACGAUUGGGCCUGACCAGGGAAGAAUAUUACAUGCUGAAAGCGUUGAUACUGGCGAAUAGCGAUGCAAGAUCGGACGAGCCACAAGCGCUUUAUCGUUUUCGUGAUACUAUUUUGAAUUCUCUCUCGGAUUGCGUGGCCGCAAUAAGACCCGGACAAGCGUUGCGCGCCACACAAAACAUGUUCCUAGUGUUGCCCAGUCUCAGGCAGGUCGAUGGAAUUGUUAGAAGAUUUUGGUCCAGUGUUUAUCGAACGGGGAAAGUACCGAUGAACAAGUUGUUUGUAGAAAUGCUGGAAGCCGCUUAUUAUCGAUGAAACAUCGAUUCGAACAUUCGUUUCAUUUUCAAUGAUUCGUGUACCGAACGACGCCAACAAAACCCGCUAUUACCAUUCGAGGUAAUGCACACCAGCGUUUAUGUUCUGUAGAUACGCUGGCAGUGUGUUGUAUGCGUGCGCGUGUGUCUAUGUGCGUGUAUGUAUGUAUGCGUGCGUGUACGCGUAUACGCGGGUGAGAGAGAGAAAGAGAGAGAAACAAAGAAUAGAAGUAACUUGCGUUUUUCUCUCGAGAGUCUUUCGACGUGUACGCGGGAAAGACAGAAGUGUUAAACAGGACGAGAAUCAUAUGUUGCGCGGUUUCGUUUCUUCCCAUUAAAGGGAUAGACUCAAAAAUAUAAAAUAGAAAAGGAAGAAGAAGAAGAAGAGCUUUAUUUUUCGAUCGCGUCGAAGCGUGUUGGAGCGUGAAACUUAAUGGCCAGUGAUUCCAGCAAUCGUCGAAACUCGCAAACACACUAUAUACGAAUAGCAAGCACACUGUUUCGUCGAUACAACUAAACUUUCCUUUUCGAGUACCCCUUUUACAGGUACAGAGAAAACAAAAACGAAAAGAAAUCAUGGUAUAUGUCAGGUUUGGUGGGUACGUAGUACAAGAUGCGAGAUGCUUUCUUUUCCGGAGCUCUCAAUUUAGGCUAGUUUAUGAAAAGAAACAAAAUAAAUGUCGAUCAGACAGCAGCAUCUACCAAAUACACUAAACGAUUUCAUUUACGUAAUGAUCAGGUUACGACGACGACGACGACGAUGAUGAUGAUGCAUUGCCGAAUCGGUGAUAUAUCGUAAACACUAUUAAAAGAUAAAAAUAAACAAAUAAAUUAAUUAACUAAUAAAGAAUUUGCAAAUGUACUAACUGUGGGUGUUUGACGUUUUAGUGUUAGCAUUGUGUUACCAAAAAAAAAAGAACAAAAAUAUACCAAUUUAAUCAAAAACCACACGCGUAGCUCCAGGUUCGAUCGUUGUUUAAGUUACCGUCUUUUUUUCUGAGAAAACGAAAUAAAACGGAAACAAAAGAAAAAAGGAAAAGAAACAGAAAAAAAAUAUAGUCAAUUUGGGACUAUGUAGAAAGAACAUGAAACUCUAUAUUUUUUAAUAUAGUAUCGAUAAAAUGGUACGUCGUUUUAUAUGUAUAGAGUAACUGCACACUUUUUAAAAAUAAUAGGCGUGCGA